AUGAAACUCGGGGACCCGUUGGAUUGGAUUGGAUUGGAGAUAAGGCUUGACGUUUCGGCGGGAAUAUUUAAAAACGGCGAUCGUGGCGAUGGCUCGGCAAAUUGCGAGGGCUGCGGUAUGAGGAUCGUCGACAGGUUCUUACUGCGAGUGGGUACAAGCAACUGGCACGAGCAGUGCGUCAAAUGUUCUGAGUGCGGCGUCCCACUGGCCAAGUCGUGCUACAACCGGCACAAAAGAUUGUACUGCAAAAACGAUUAUGACAGGCUAUUCCGCGUCAAAUGCGGUCGGUGUGGCGACAGGGAGCCUUUGGGAGCCAGAGACCUCGUAAUGCACGCUGGGCCCAAUCACGUCUAUCACGUGGGAUGUUUCGUGUGCGUGGCUUGCAUGAAACCGUUACAGAAAGGCCAGCAGUACGUGGUCAAAGCCGGUGGCGGACAACCAUUCUGCCUAUUCUGCUCCAAAAAGGAAAUAUUUCUCAAGCAACAGACUGUUGUAAAUCCACAACCAGAUAGUCUUACUUUAGACGAGAACUGUAGACCUCCUGACGGCCGCCGUAGACUGAAAAGACACAGAACCAUAUUCACUUCAGUACAAGAACAGCAGUUAAAAGCUUCAUUUGAAUUCUGUUCAAAACCUGGUAAAAAGGUGCACAGAGCGUUGGCUAAAGAAACGGGAUUAAGUGUGCAUGUAUUGCAAGUUUGGUUUAAAAAUCAGAGACAAAAAAUGAAGAAAAUCUAAAGAAAGAGUAAACAGG